AAAAAGUUCUUGUUUAUUAAUAAAUAUUAGGGAUAAAUUAUCUCUGAUAAAUAUAAUAGUGGUUCCAUAAACAAAUUAUGGAUUUCGACAGCCCUGAUGUUGAGAAAGAUUUUCCUGGUUUAUAUGCUUCUGAAGGUGGGGAUGGAAAAUCUAAAAAGAGCAAAGAAGAUAGUGAUUAUAGUGAGGGUGAACACGAUAAAGUAAGUAAAAAAGAUCUACUAAUUGGUAGGCGCAAAGAUAAAAAGGAAAAGGGCAAAGAUCGGGGAUAUGCAGCUUUAGAGGGUGAAAGCUCUCCAGAAGAGGAGUUGGAUGCGAAAAGUCCUUCGAAGUCAAAAAAGUUGAAAACCUUUAAAUUCAGUUCGUCCAAAAGCAAGGAGAAACGAGAAAAGUCGCGUGAUAAAGAUAAAUCAGACAGGGAUUUCCGGGAGGAAGAAAAGCCAAAAGAAAAAGAGAAGACUGAAAAAGAAAAGGAACUCAAAAAAAGAGACAAAGACCGUAAGGAAAAGGAAAGGAAAGAGAAAAUCAAGGAUAAGGAUAAAGAAAAGGAAAAAAAGGACAAAAAAGUUAAACAGGCCAGCAAUGCUUCUGAAGAAUUGUUAGAAUUGGGCGAUGUUCAGCCUGUUUUUGGUGUAUCAAUUAGUCUAGCAACUGAACGGAGUCGUUGCCAUGAUGGUGUUAAUUUGCCUCUUGUUGUGCGCGAUUGCAUUGACUACCUUCAGGAGCACGCAUUGAAGAAUGAUCAAAUAUACAAAGUAGAACCAUUGAAGACACGCGUACAACACUUUAAAAGACUGUAUAAUAACAGAGAACGACAAACAGAUACAGAUGAACUAGAUAUAGCAACAGCAUGCGCUUUAUUGAAGUUAUUUUUACGAGAACUGCCAGAACCGAUUUUGACCACAGACUUAAUAUCUAAUUUUGAGGAUGCAGCAUCAAUUAACUCCCAGAAUAAAGAAGAUGAGCUUAAAAAAUUGCUUGAACUACUACCCAGUUGCAACAGAACUCUACUCACUUGGAUAUUAUUACAUUUUGAUUCGGUAAUUAAACAUGGCAAGCACAAUAAAUUAACGAUUGAAUCAUUGGCGAUGCUAUUAAGUCCCCCUAUGCAGAUGUCACAUCGUUUAUUAGUUGCAUUUUUAUCUCACACUGGAAAUUUGUUUACAAAUUUUUCCCUUAUCAAAUACGUACCACCAAUAACACCAUCUAGCCCAAAACUUCCCGAAACUGCGGAAGAUAUUCAAAUAGAGCUACGGAAGCAAGAAAGCUUGCUUACACAGAUUCAUGCCGAAAUGAAUGCUGGAUUUGUUUCCAAAAAACGAGAAGAACAGUUGUGGGAAGUGCAACGAAUUAUCACCCAGCUUAAGCGUAAGUUACGUAGUUUUGAGAAGCGACAGGAAAAGUCAAUUGAGGAAUCACAAACAGCCACAACAAAUGUAUUACAAAAUAUCAGUGAUACCACUGAUUCCAGCACCAUAAUUCAACGGGGGCAAAAUAUGUUCAAGGAAGUCGAUAAUAGCUUGGUGAACCAAAACAUGAAUAGUAGCCACACAGAAGAACAAGCUUCAAAUGUUGCUAAUAUUGAAUCGCCUGAAAUAACAAAGGCAAAAUCUUCCUUAACGCUUACGGUAAAAACACCAGUUAUACAGGAAGAAUCAGAAAAGGUUCCAGAACCGGAAGAAUCAUCGAUCAACGUAGAUGAUUCACAUCCUGAUGGUAUUUACAUUGAUGAAGAAUUGUCGUUCUUAAUGGUGCCUAAAACUCAUCCUGAUUAUUCUCAACUGAUUCGUCUGCAACUAGAAAAUCGUGAAUUACUUCUUUGGAAAGAACAAUUGCAAGCUCGUAUAACUGCUGAACGUGCCGAAGUCUUGCGACUUAAGCAGCAAUAUCAGCAGCAGAUUGCUGCAGCAGGCGCCAGUAAGAGUGAUAUUUCUAGUACAGCUUCUGUCAUUUCAGAUGAUGUUGCUGGAGGCGAUGAUGGUUAUGAAAAAAUAAUAGAGCACUAUGUACGAGAAAAUGCCCUGUUGGAACAAAAAAAAGAAAUACUUGCAAGAGAACUGUUUGAUGAAAGGCGCGAAUGCAUUACUAUGAAGGUUGAGUUGGAACUGCAAAACUUUUAAACAAACGAUUCAAUAAGUAGAUUUUCAUACACAGAUGUUAAAUUUUUAUUAUACAUCUAAAUUACGCACGUAUCAUUGUUAUAAAAUGUUUACUCUCUUUAUCUGUAGCAAUUUUAUCUCACAGCCAUACAGUAUAUCCUUUGAAUUUGUGAUUGCCUUCGAUUUUCUUUAACCUAUGUACAUAUAUAAAUAUAUACAUACAUACACAUAUAGAACAUAACAAAUAUACAAUUCACAAACUAAUUAAAAUUGCAAAACUGUAUUCUAUUUAUCUAUGUAUAUACCAUAAGAUCAUUAUUGAGAUUAUAAAUAUAAUGUUACAAAUACAAUAAAAUUAAUCGAAUAUUAAAAAAAUGUUUCAAUUAUUUGAUACAUAUAGAGAAAAAACGUUAACUUCGCUUGAACUGAAACUAUAAUACCUUCCAUAAAUGCAAAAGAUUUCGUGAAAAUACCUACAUACAUACAUAUGUAUGUAUUUAGAUCUUAGAGAACAGUCUAAUUAAAAUCAAUGCGUCUAAUUAGUGAACUGUCAAAGUCUGGUAUUUCAACUUAUUAAAUUUUACUCCAAAGAAUUGCAUGUACAUAUGUACAAUUUUAAAUAAUUAUUUAAGUAUAUACUAUUUGUAAUAUUAAAAAGCCGCCAACUUCAAGGGCUCUGAAUGUAAAUAAGUAUAUAGGAAAUAUGGAAACGUCAAAAGUUUAUCUAGUACAUAGUUCUUGAUUGCGCAGUCGCCGGCUUCUCUGCCGCGUAUGUCAAAUGUACCUUUCGUAUACUGAUAUAGUGUACAACAUGCUAUUGUUGUUGUUAUUGGGGCUUAGUCGACUUCGCCGCUUUCAUACUUGCAAAUUUAUUUUAGAAGGCAGAAAAGUUUCCACCAACGUGAGUGUUUGUGCAUAAUCAGCAGCCAGCGAAGCAGGAAAAGAUUGUUACGGAAGUCUUUAACUUUAUUACACAAAUCGAAAUGUUGAAGCAAGUAACCAAACAAUUGGUCAUCCAAUCCGUGAGGGGUUUUGCCACCACAAAGCAA